AUGAGCAAGAUUGGAAUCGGCCAUGGAAUCCCCUCGGCUUCUUGCUCGUCUACCAUCAUGGCUUGCGCCACGGCCUCCACCCUCUCCGCGACCACCCUCAAGGGUGCCGUUGCCCUCCGCAAGUCGGAGCUUCUCGGGAACUCCGUCUCUGUUGCUCCCUCCAAGGCCAAGGCUCUCCGCGCCGCGCCGGCCGUCUCCGCCAUGUACCAGGACUCGGCGUACAACUUCCAGAACUUCAAGUUCCAGCCGAUCAAGGAGUCGAUCGUCGCGCGCGAGAUGACGCGUCGCUACAUGACCGACAUGAUCACGUACGCCGACACCGAUGUCGUCGUCGUCGGCGCCGGGUCCGCGGGCCUGUCGUGCGCGUACGAGCUGAGCAAGAACCCCAACGUGAACGUGGCCAUCAUCGAGCAGUCCGUGAGCCCGGGCGGUGGCGCGUGGCUCGGCGGGCAGCUCUUCUCCGCCAUGGUGGUCCGCAAGCCCGCGCACCGCUUCCUCGAUGAGCUCGAGAUCGCGUACGACGAGGAGGAGGACUACGUGGUGAUUAAGCACGCGGCGCUUUUCACGUCGACCAUCAUGAGCAAGCUGCUCGCCCGCCCCAACGUGAAGCUCUUCAACGCCGUGUGCGCCGAGGAUCUCAUCAUCAAGAACGGCCGCGUGGGCGGCGUGGUGACGAACUGGGCGCUGGUGUCGAUGAACCACGACACGCAGAGCUGCAUGGACCCCAACGUCAUGGAGGCCAAGGUCGUCGUCUCCUCGUGCGGCCACGACGGGCCCUUCGGCGCCACCGGCGUGAAGAGGCUCAAGAGCAUCGGGUUGAUUGACAAGGUCCCCGGCAUGAAGUGCCUGGACAUGAACAUCGCCGAGGAUGCCAUCGUCCGUCACACGCGCGAGGUGGUCCCUGGGAUGAUUGUCACCGGCAUGGAGGUCGCCGAGGUGGACGGCGCUCCCCGCAUGGGUCCUACCUUCGGGGCGAUGAUGGUGUCCGGGCAGAAGGCGGCGCACCUGGCCCUCAAGGCCCUCGGCCUCCCCAACGAGGUUGACGGUGCCGUCUCUGAUCUGUCCGCUCGUCCCGAGCUUGUGCUUGCCUCUUCCGAUGACACCCCCGCUUCUGCUUGA